AGAAUAUUUUUCAACAAGUAGUUACUUACUCUGAUACGAAUUACAAAGUAUUAAUCGUUCGCAACAAUUUAGCUACAAUACUUCUAAUGAAACUCGUAGCUUUACCUUCCUUGCCUGUCGUUGACUUUGAUCUUAUUAAAGAAUUUUUUGAAAUUGUAUUCAGAAGAGAAAUUCAAAAUAACGAAGAUCUUAUAUUUAGGAAACUAUUAUUUUCUACUCUUUGCCAACUCUCCUACUUUGACGGCUCAUUGCUGAUUAUUAAAGAUUGCUGUGUGAUUGAAAAAACCCUUCAAUUUUUAAAUCAAAACAUAAGUAAUCUAACGAAACUUCAGGAUUCGUCUAAUUUAAAUGAUUUAUUUUUAUACUCAUUACGGACAUUAAUGUUUCUUGUGUCGAAAAUCCCUGAAGAGUUCAUUCACAGUAAUGCAAUAAGUUUUUUAAACAUAUUUCAUUUAAGUAUGGCAGGACAAGUAAAUUGUAAAAUUACAUUGGAAGUUGUGAAAACUCUUUGUUUUAUAGUUACUUUUACUUACUCAAGUUCAUUAGUCCAAUUCCAAGAAGUCAUCCCCACUUUUCUAAAAUUUACAGAUCUUAUUUGCUGUUUUGAUCGACUAACAACUUUUCAUAAACAAAUAUUAAUACUUAUUUGUAUUAUAUUUAAUACGAUUAUAACAAGUAAUUUCCAAGGGAUAUCAAUUUAUGGAAAUAAAAUAGUUGUAUCACAUCUAAAAUUAUUAAAAUAUUGUUUAAACAAAAAAGAGAAUCAUUUUAUCACAGACGACAGAUUAUUAAUCGGCGUGGGAACUUGUCUUUGGAGUUGUAUAAUUAAGUUUUCAGUGACGAUAGAAAAAUUUGUGGAAAUGGAAGGACUGUACUCAAUUUUAAACUUGAUAGAUCAAACUAAUCAUUUAGUACAAAAUGUUUAUUUGGGCCUUUUAACAGACUUAUGUUUAAAUCCACAUUGUAUUCCUCACAUUUGUACAUGGAGAAGUACUGAUAAGACGAAUACUUUAAUAUCUUUGUUAAUUAGGGUGUGGAAAGAUGAAGAAGGUCGAAUUGGAGUUAAAAGAACCGAAAACGGAUGUAUUGCAGAUAUUGAAUUACCUCUCAUGGGGACAAAUCAAUGGCAUGAGAGUUUUCAUUCAAAAAUUAAUAAUGAUUAUAGUCCUGCAAUCACUACAAUGUUUGGUUUUAUUAGACCAAAAGUCUAUAGUAUUAGGAAAAUACUACUAAAUAAUUCACAAUUAUGUGAAAAAUCGCGCGAGUAUUAUAAAAUUUUAUUAUGUAAUAUAUCUAUAGAAGAUUCUAUAACAUUUUGCGUUGUGGACCAGUUUUUUAGAUUUGUUCAAGGUCAAGUUUGGGCUGAAGUAAUCCGUUAUAUCAGAGAAUCGGGUAUUAUUCCAGCUGGUAAUGAUGGAGAAAUGUUACUUGUUAUGAGGCAAAGACAUCGAAAAUUUGCAUUAUACGUACGAGAUCGUCAAAAGAAAAUUUUGCGAGAUGCUAAAAGAUUGGAAAUGAUUAAAGAGAAAAAUGAGCUUGAAAAAACUCGCAAUGUGGCUCUAAUUUCGAUAUUGAUUGGAUUUAAAAAACUGAUGAAUUGAAUAAUGUGCUGAAAUAUGUAAUUACGUAGGAAAAUUUAUUAAUAAAAAGUUCAAAAUACACGUGAA